AUGAGGCUGGGACUGGCCAUCCUGUUACACCUCAUGCUGAUAAGAGGCCAGCAUGCACAGACUGACUGUGAUGCUGGGUCCUGCCACCCAGCCGUUGGGGACCUCCUCCUGGGUCGCAGCAAGCAAUUAACAGCUUCGUCAACUUGUGGAAUGAACAGCCCUCAGAAGUACUGCAUUAUAGGCUACCUAGAGGCUGAACAGAAGUGCUUUCUCUGUGAUUCCAGAUACCCCUAUAAUCCCUAUACACAGCACAACAGUCAUAUGGUUGAAAAUAUCAUCACAACUUUUGAGCCCGACAGGAAAAAGAAGUGGUGGCAGUCAGAAAAUGGCGUUGACCAGGUCAGCAUUAGACUGGACCUUGAAACUUUAUUCCAGUUCAGCCAUCUUAUCCUGACUUUUAAGACAUUUCGCCCUGCAGUAAUGCUGGUUGAGCGUUCCACUGACUUUGGUCAGACCUGGAAAGUGUUUAGAUAUUUUGCACAGGACUGUGCAGCUUCUUUUCCCAACAUCUCUUCUGGUCCAGCAAAAAGUGUGGGAGACGUCAUCUGCGACUCAAGAUAUUCUGACAUCGAGCCCUCCACUGAAGGCGAGGUUGUUUUAAAAGCUUUGGAUCCCAGCUUUGAAAUAGAAAAUCCAUAUGUACCACAUAUUCAAGAGCUCAUUGUGUUGACAAACCUAAGGAUAAAUUUUACUAAACUUCACACCCUUGGGGAUGCUUUACUGGGAAGAAGGCACGGUGAUCCCCUCGAGAAGUACUACUAUGCUGUCUAUGAGAUGGUAGUGCGGGGCAGCUGCUUUUGCAAUGGCCAUGCCAGCCAGUGUGAGCCCCUGCAGAAUCUACGGGGUGAUGUGUUCCAUCAGUCUGGGAUGGUCCAUGGAAGAUGUAUCUGCCACCAUAACACUGAAGGUUUGUCCUGUGAAAGAUGUAAAGACUUCUACAAUGAUGCUCCCUGGAGGCCAGCUGAAGGGGCACAAGUUAAUGCUUGCAAACGAUGUAACUGCAACGGCCACUCUGGCAGAUGCCACUUUGACAUGGCUGUGUACCAGGCCAGCGGUGGGGCCAGCGGUGGUGUUUGUGAGGACUGCCAGGACAACACCACGGGGCAACACUGUGACCGCUGCAAACCUUUCUUUUACCAGGAUCCACUCAAAGUCAUCUCAGACCCUCACGCGUGCCUCCCCUGCAGCUGUGACCCAGCAGGGACGCUGCAGAAUGGCGCCUGCGAGAGCCGCACGGACCCUGCGCUGGGAACGGUGGCGGGACGGUGUCCCUGCAAGGAGCAUGUGGAGGGCAGUCACUGCCACAAGUGCAGGGCCAACUACUACGGGCUGAGUGGCAGUGACCCUCUGGGCUGCCAGCCCUGCAACUGCCAUCCCUCUGGCAGUCUGCCCUUCUCUGUCUGUGAUCCUGCCACGGGACAGUGCCUCUGCCAGCAGUUUGUCACGGGCCAGCGCUGUGAAACAUGCCAUGUCGGGUACUGGGGACUUGGCAACAGCUUGUAUGGCUGUUCUCCGUGUGACUGUGAUAUUGGUGGGUCCCAGAAUAACCUGUGCUCACCCAAGGAUGGUCAGUGCAAGUGUCUUCCCAACGUAGUGAGCCGCCAGUGUAACGAGCCAGCCCCAGGCUACUUCUUUCUACCCCUGGAUUAUUACAUUUAUGAAGCUGAGCAUGCAAAACCCCUUUCUGGCUCUGCACCCUUGGUUAAACAAAGCACUCUCCCAAGGUGUGAUACCUACUUCCAAAAGCAAGGCUAUGAGUUCAUGAUUGAAAAUGGAAAGAUUGUGUUAAACAGGAGCAAGAAACGAAGUGUAAGAAAAUCUGGGCUGGAACAGGGUGUGAUGCCGCCUGGAGAGGACUGGGCUGUGGCGGUGGUUUUCAGGCAGCCCAGCGCCGGCCGGUCUGUCACAUGGACGGGUCCCGGCUUCACCCGCCUUCCCAGCGGAGCCGGGCUGAGGUUUGCCAUCAACAAUGUGCCCUUUGCCAUGGACUUCGAGAUCACGAUUCGUUAUGAGCCUGAGUCCUCGGAAGACUGGCUGGCAAGCAUUGCCAUCCAGCCUGCUGGUGUUGUGUCAAGUCAACGCUGCAAAAACAAGGGCCUUUCAGAGGAGCCACAUGUGUUGCCUCUCCCAGCUACAAAGAGGAUUGCAUUUCUGCAAACUCCAGUGUGCCUGGAGCCAGGAGCAGAAUAUUUGGUGGAUGUGUAUUUUUCUCAACCCUCUGCCUCUGAUCCAAAGGUGAAAUCGUUCAUCUUGAUUGACUCACUUGGACUUAUUCCCAGAAUCAGCUCCGUGGAGAACUUGUGCAGUGAAAAGGAUUUAGAUGAGUACCGGAAGUAUCGCUGUAUUGAAAUUGCAUCCGAAGUGGGACCUCACGUCCUGCCUGAAGCAUGUGAGCGGCUCAUCGUGAGCAUGUCAGCCCGGAUUCACAACGGUGCCGUCGCAUGCAAGUGCAAUCCCCAAGGGUCACUGGGCACCAGCUGCAGUGCACUGGGAGGACAAUGUCAGUGCAAAGCCAAUGUGGUGGGACGCUGCUGUGACACCUGCUCUGUGGGCACCUACGGCUUUGGCUCCCACGGCUGCUAUGCCUGCGAGUGCCACCCGCAGGGCUCGCUGAGCGCACUGUGCGACCAGGGCACGGGGCAGUGCUCCUGCCGCCGGGACGUGGGCGGCCGCCGCUGCAGCCACUGCCUGGCCGGCUAUUUCGGAUUUCCCCACUGCCACCCUUGCCUGUGUAACGGCUACGCGGAGCUCUGUGACCCCGUCACUGGAGAGUGCCUGAACUGCCGCGCGUUUACAGCUGGAAGCCGCUGCGAAAGGUGUGUGGAUGGCUAUUACGGCAACCCUCUGAGUGGAGAACCCUGCCGCCCGUGCAUGUGCCCAGGGGCACCUACAAGCAAUAGGUAUUUUGCACGUUCCUGUUACCAGGACUCCCAGUCUGCACAGCUAGUCUGCAAUUGUCUCCAGGGAUAUUCAGGAGAUCAGUGUGAUGAGUGUCCUAGUGGGUUCUACAAAACCCCAGGCAGCCCUGGGCUCAGCUGUGCACCAUGUCCCUGCAAUAACAACAUUGACGUGACAGACCCAGAGUCCUGUAACAGAGUCACAGGGGAAUGCACCAAAUGUUUACACAACACCCAUGGAGCAAACUGCCAGUUCUGCAAACCAGGGUAUUUUGGCUCAGCCCUCGAUCAAAACUGUCAAAGGUGUAGGUGCAAUCUGGCAGGUGUCCCCUCUGCCACGUGCCCGGGGGAAGCCACAACCUGUCUGUGUGACCCGGCCACGGGAGCUUGUCCUUGCCUGCCCAACGUGGUGGGCAUGGCCUGUGACCAGUGUGCCUCUGGCUACUGGGACCUGGCUAGUGGAAAAGGAUGUCAGACGUGUGACUGUGAUCCAAAAAACUCCCAAAGCAACAAGUGCAACCAGCUUACAGGCCAGUGUCCAUGUAAGCUAGGUUACAGUGGAAGACACUGCAAUGAAUGUGAGGAGAAUUACUUUGGCAAUCCCCAGAUACGCUGCAUUUCGUGUGGGUGCAACCGGGAGGGAACCAGCCAGCCCGCGUGCGACAGAGCCACCGGCGCCUGUAACUGCCGCGUCGGCGUCACCGGCCGCUUCUGCAACCAGUGCGGCCGUGGCUUUCAGAAAGACUUUCCCUUGUGCCGCCAGUGUCAUCUUUGUUUUCAUCAGUGGGACACUGAAAUUGCUACCCUCGCUCAGACUGCUCAGGGGUUAAUGAAGUUUGCUGCAAACCUCAAAGCAAAAGGAGGCCGAAUGCCCAGCUGUGACACGCGCUUCAAGGCCUUUGAAGAUGCCAUUUCUGAAACUGAAAACAUUUUGAGACAUCCUGUUGUUUCACUGGAAGCCCUCUCAGGCAUCAAGGAUUUUCAGAACUAUGUUCAACAGAGAGUUGCACAAAUGGAUCCCCUUCACAGUACACCAUAUGAGUUUCCUGACCUUAACAAGAACAUAGAAGACAUUGGGGAAGAAGCUGACCUAGUGUAUGACCUUCUACAGCAGAAAAUAAAUCUGCAUCAAAAUUUUCAUUACUUGAACCUCAAAGAAGCCAUCAGCAACAUCAGGAAACACUUUGAAGUAUCAUUGCUAGCAGAACAGAAGACCAGUGGGACAUCCCCUAUUGUAAGAUACUCAGAGUACACCAGGAACCAUGUGCUCACCAUGUUGGACCAUCAGGCCUUGAAGGCAAGCAACAUGCUGGAGCAGCUCAAGAUGAUCAAGAGCCCCGACAUCCAAAACUUGAAUGAAAAGGUGUGUGGUGUGGCAGGAGCUGCGGACUGCGUGGCCGGAGCCUGCGGGGCAGCGCUGUGCCGGGACAGCCCCGCACCCAGGCACUGCGCCGGCCCCAGCUGCAGCGCGGCUCUUCCUCGCUCCACUGGUGCCUACAGGAAGGCUGAAGAGACUGCUGUGUUGCUGAACAACUUGACUACUCAGCUACGGGAACCUGAGAAUCAGGUUGAAAGCAUUAGAAAAAUGGCAGAAGACAGCAAGUGGAAAGGCUCACAAUUUCAUGGGCAACUGGAGAGGGCCAAGAAUCAAAUUGAAGUUAAUGGAGAGAUCACUAAGGAGUUCAUUCGAAAAGUUAAAGACUUCUUGCUUGAUGAGAGUGUGCCUCUAGAAGACAUUGAGAAGGUGGCAAAUUACGUUCUGCAAAUAAACCUUCCCCUGACUCCACCAGAGCUCACAGGCAUGGUGGGCAGAUUCAGGAACAUUAUGAGCCACUGUGAGAAGUACAAACUGAAUGCAAAGAAGAGAAGCAGGAAAAAGGAGGAAGCACGGGUGCUGCUGGUGGAAGCACAAGAAGCCAACAAAGCAGCUAAAGCUCUUCUGCUUGUGGAUGAAGUUAAUAAUAAACUGAAAAAUGUUGUGAAGUCCCAAGGACGCUCCAAAACCACCUUCAUAAAGUUAAAUGAAGAGAUACAAGGCAUCAGAACACAAAUCUCACAGGCAGCGAACCAAGUGAACAAGACAAAUGAUGAACUAAAUGACUUGUCUGCCAAACAGUCUGAGAUGGAAGCUGAAAUGGCCACAUUGCAGGCAAAAAUGGUGAUGAACAAGAACCAAGCUACAAAGGCAAGAGCAGGGGCAGAGGCAGCACACAAGCGAGCCCAGAGCAUCGAUAAUGAAUUUGCUGAUGUUAAAAGAAAGUACAGUGUUCUUCAAGAAAAGCUAAAAGCCCAAGGACCUCCGACAGUAACACUAGAAAAAGUGAAGCAGCUGAAAGAAGAAGCAGAAAAGCUGGCUGGAGAAGCUGAAAAAAAAAUUAAAAGAAUAACAGAUUUGGAGAAGAAGCUUCAGGACCUGAAUCAAACCAAACAAGACAAGGCAGAGCAACUGAGACAACUGGAGGAACAAGUGAUAGCCAUUAAAAAUGAAAUCAUGGAUCAGGAAAGCAAGUAUGCAACAUGCAAAAGUUAG